ACUUUUUUGACCCAGGAAGUAUUACUCGUUUAGGCGUGUAUUACUAUAUUGUUUGAGAGAAGCACCUCACCAUGCCGUUCGACGUACGUCGGUUUGAUGUAUAUCGGAAGAUACCAAAGGACCUCACACAGCCUACUUUGGCUGGUGCCAUGGUAUCCAUAUGUAGUGCUCUCUUCAUAGUAUUUCUACUCUUAUCAGAAUUUACCUCCUUUAUAGCACCUGAUGUGAGGAGUGAAUUAUACGUGGACAAUCCAGGACAUAUUGAAAAAUUAAAUGUUAAACUUAAUAUAAGUUUACCAAGACUUAAAUGUGAAUUUAUUGGUCUAGACAUUCAAGAUGAUAUGGGUAGACAUGAAGUUGGGCUUGUGGAUAAUACAAAUAAAAUACCACUUAACAACAAUGCUGGAUGUAGAUUUGAAGCCUAUUUUAAAAUAAAUAAGGUACCUGGUAAUUUCCAUGUAUCUACACAUGCUGCUGGAAGUAGACAACCCCAAAAAGCAGAUUUUGUACAUACUAUUCAUGAAAUUAUUAUAGGUGAUGAUAUACAAAAUAAAAGUAUAAAUGCUGCUUUUAACCCUCUUGCUGGCUAUGAUAGAUCUGAUGCAGCAGCUGAAUCAUCCCAUGAUUAUUACAUGAAAGUAGUUCCUACUGUGUAUGAAGACGUAUGGGGUAGAGUGAAUUUAUCAUAUCAAUACACUUAUGCAUAUAAGGACUAUGUAUCUUAUGGUCAUGGUCAUCGUGUCAUGCCAGCCAUUUGGUUCCGUUAUGACAUCAGUCCCAUCACUGUGAAAUAUCAUGAAAAAAGAGCCCCAUUCUAUACAUUCAUCACAACGAUAUGUGCAAUUGUAGGUGGUACCUUCACAGUGGCUGGCAUUAUUGACUCUAUGAUUUACUCUGCCUCAGAAGUCUUCAAGAAAGCGGAAAUUGGCAAACUUAGUUAAUAAAUUCGUAAUCAAAUAGACACAUAUACUAUUUUAAUUUCACCUAAAUUAUAAAUGUUAAAUGUACUGGGUAAAGGGCUGAUAGUGGAUAUAUAUUUUUAGAAAAACUUAUUUUAUGUACCAAUGAUAUAAUUUUAGUGACUAUAUCUCAAUAUAUCAAUCAAAUGAACUUCUUUAAAUACUGUUUAAAGGAUUAAUUAUUCACCGGGUUUUAAAUUUUGCUCAUUUCGCUGACUGGAAAAUGCGCUAAACUAAAACUCGGUGAAUAUGUCAAAUUUAGCAUACAAUACAUUAUCCAAAUGAUAAAACUGUGAAUUUAAAACCCACUGAAUAUGCCUGAAAUGGUAAAUCAGUGAAAUUUAAACCCAGUGAAAAUUAGUCAUUUUACAGUAGAAUUGCUCAUCGAUCCAUGUGGCAACCAGUAUUUCUAAGAAUUGAUUUUGUAGGAUACAGUAUGAUUAACAGAUUACAAAUUCUAUUGGUGUCUCUGGCAAACACUACCAUCCAUUUUACUGUAAACUACUAUAUUUUUACUUUGAAAUAUUUUUCCACAUUUUUGCUGAAUGAAUGAAUCACUGAAUAUAGCUUUUUUUUACCUAUAUUUUACAUUUAUCUCAUCAAAAAUCUGUGAAAAUAAUCUUUAUACAAAAUAGUCAAAAAGUCUUUUCAGCGAAAAUUAAUUCCAGCUGAAAUAAAGUAUUUUACAGUGGUACUCAUAAUGGUUAGUUACACUUUAGUGAAGGGUAAAAAAAAUAUAUAUUAGUUAUUUAUCACAUGAUAUGUUUGUUGUUUCCAAUAUGUUUUUGUAUUGUUGUAUUUGUCAUUUACUCUUGGGACUAAAGGGUAUAUAUUAUCUUAAUUUUAUGUAGAAAACUAGUCUUUUACCUGAGACUUUUUUCUUUGUGACCUCUUUGAAUUGGCGGGAAAUGCGGGGAAUAUUAUUGAAUGUUCAAAUUUCAGUUAUUUGCAGCACGUCUGAAUGUUUGAAAUUGAUUUUGACUUCCCAUUUGAUUAUGUGUUCAAGUUUUCAUUUGCCGAUCUUUUUGAAUGGUGUUUGGACUUGCGUGGAUUCACAAAGCGACUCUGUUCCAAAUAGUUGUGGCUCGUAGUAAUUCAGAACUACAAAGAAUAUUUUUCUCAUAGUAUCGUUCUACUAGGAGUAUUAUGAAUUAUUCUAAGACUAUUUCAGAGAUACAUUUCAUAAUUAAUUACCAGGGUAUCACUGCUUGUGCUAUUUUACCCUGUCACAGGCAUUUAAUUUUUGUAAGUUGUUGAUUUCUUAUACAUAAAUGGUGUUAUUCUGUCAGAACACAUACAACCUAAGAUGCCUCUAUUUACAAACAUACAAAGAAUUGUUAAGCUAGAUUUUUUUAAAAAAAAAAACUGAAUUAAUUCAUUUCAUUAUUCUGAAUCUUGUGAGGUUUAAUGAUUAAUUCACUCGAUCAAGCAGAAAAAAUGGCCAGAAUCUUAUUUGCUUUCUGAGCCCUUUACCGUAAACUUCUCAAAACAAUCCAAAUGUGGAAACUAAAAUACUAGUAUUAGUAGUCAAUAAAUUCACUACAUGGGGGGAGAAAUUCUGUAGAUUAUGUAAUCUCCUGUUUGAAAUUUUCAAUCAACCUAUCAUGAACGUUUGAUCUAAAAUGAAUCCAGCAACAUUUUUAUUUUGGCAACUUGAAGGAUUUUCUGAAUUCAUAAAAAAUAAUUUUCUUUGUUGGGUCAGUUCAUAAGAUAUGGCCUGUUCUGUGUAGGCUUGCUAUACAAGAUAUUGGAUCUGUGAAUUUAUGCUACCAAAUAUAGUGCAGUACUGAUAAUAAAGUGCUUCCAUUUGUGCUUUUCUUGCCAUAAAUGUGGCAGCUGUGUUAAUUGGCUCCUAUUUUUCACCUUCUUAGUAGUUGACCAAUCAGUGAUAACCUACUAAUUUUCUGUGUUUGUAUAUUUUGCUCAUUAUUAGUUUUAAUAUCAC